CAAUUAGCUCUCCAAUAACAAAAAUUAUAACAGUUACACCCUUGCUAGUUAUAGGGAUAAAAUUGUAAUUCGGAGGAAAAAAGAAAACAUUAAAAAAAAGGAAAUUGGAGAAAUUGAAAAAAUGGAAAUAACACUACACGGCUGAAAAAUAAUCGCGUCUUAAAAUGUCAAGUCAAUUCCCUCCAUUUUCUUCUUCUUCUCCCGCUCCUCUCUCUCUCUCUCUCUCUCUCUCUCACACACACACACACACACGCACUGGCGCACAACACAGAGUGGGUAAACUACAGAGUAGAGUGGAGCUUACGAUAAUCUCCUUCAACCGCUGACGGAGGAGUUGCAAAUCAUCGAGGAAUUACAUCAUGUACAUAAAGCAGGUUGUAAUCGAAGGGUUUAAGAGUUACAGGGAGCAAAUUGCAACUGAAACAUUCAGCCCCAAAGUUAACUGUGUUGUUGGGGCUAAUGGAUCUGGAAAAUCCAAUUUUUUCCAUGCAAUACGCUUUGUGAUAAAUGAUCUGUCCCAUAACUUGCGCAACGAAGAAAGGCAAGCGUUGCUUCAUGAAGGCGCAGGCCAUCAAGUGUUAUCCGCAUUUGUGGAAAUUGUGUUUGACAACACUGACAAUCGCAUCCCGGUUGAUAAAGAGGAAGUGCGGCUGAGGAGAACAAUUGGUGUGAAGAAAGAUGAAUAUUUCUUGGAUGGAAAGCAUAUCACGAAGACGGAAGUCAUGAAUCUGCUGGAAAGUGCGGGAUUCUCUCGUUCUAAUCCUUAUUAUGUUGUGCAGCAGGGAAAAAUUUCAUCGUUGACAUUGAUGAAGGAUUCACAGCGACUGGAUCUGCUGAAGGAAAUUGGUGGUACUCGAGUUUAUGAGGAGAGACGUCGUGAAAGUUUGAAAAUCAUGCAGGAGACUGGUAAUAAGAGAAAGCAAAUUAUUCAAGUUGUCCAAUACUUGGAUGACAGACUUCGAGAGCUUGAUGAAGAGAAAGAGGAAUUGAAAAAGUAUCAGCAGCUUGACCGGCAGAGGAAGUCUCUAGAAUAUGCUAUUUAUGACAAAGAACUUCAUGAUGCCAAGCAGCAAUUGGUGAAGAUAGAAGAGGAAAGAUACAAGGUUUCUGAAAAAUCUGCCACAAUGUACAAUAGUGUUUCAGACGCCCGUGCAAAGUGCAAGGAGUUGGACAAAUCACUUAAAGAUGUGACCAAAGAAGCUCAGAUUUUGAGCAGAGAGAAAGAAGCAAUAGAGAAACAGAAGACAGAAGCUAUUAAGAAGCGUGCAAAACUUGAGCUUGACAACAAAGACUUACACGAGAAGAUUAAAGGGAAUAAAAAAGCUAAGGAGGAUGCUGCUGUACAACUUGAGCUUUUGGAUAAAGAAAUUCAGGGAUCCAAUGCUGAACUCACUAGAAUCACGCAGUUGUAUGAUGAGCAUGUCAGGGUGGAGGAUAAUUUGACCCGAGAGAUUAUGGAGUGCGAAAAACAGCUUAGCAUUCUGUACCAGAAACAGGGUCGUGCAACACAGUUUGCUAAUAAAGCAGCUCGUGACCAGUGGCUUAAAAAAGAAAUUAAGGACUAUCAGCAAGUUUUAUCUUCAAACCUAGUACAGGAGCAAAAACUUAGGGAUGAACUUAAGCAGCUCGAGAAAGAUAUCCUAGAGCACGAUGCCUAUAUAAAGGGACGGAAAUCUGAAGCCGCUGAAUUGGAAUCCCUAAUUUCUGGAUACAUACAAGGAUACAACCAGUUUAAAUUGAAUAGAGAUGAACUGCAUGACAAGCGAAAGUCUUUGUGGGGGAGAGAGAGUGAACUUUCGGCUGAGAUUGAUAGGCUCAAAUCGGAGGUUGCGAAAGCCGAGAAAAGCCUCGAUCACGCGACUCCUGGAGAUAUACGAAGAGGAUUGAAUUCUGUGAGGAGGAUAUGUGAUCAGCAUGGUAUUGGAGGAGUACAUGGUCCUGUUAUUGAGUUGUUAGACUGCGAGGAAAAGUUUUUCACAGCUGUUGAAACUACUGCUGGAAACAGCUUAUUUCAUGUGGUAGUUGAAAAUGAUGAUAUAUCAACCAAGAUAAUUGGGCACCUCAACGCACAAAAAGGUGGACGGGUGACAUUUGUACCAUUGAACAGGGUGAAAGCCCCACAAGUUACGUAUCCACAGAACUCCGAUGUGAUACCACUUCUGAAGAAAUUAAAAUUCCUAGAGAAAUAUACUUCAGCAUUUGGUCAGAUUUUCUCAAAGACGGUUAUUUGCCGAGAUUUAGAUGUUGCUACAAGGGUUGCCCGUACUGAUGGUCUGGACUGCAUAACCUUGGAAGGUGAUCAAGUAAACAAAAAAGGUGGCAUGACCGGUGGAUAUUAUGAUUAUAGGCGUUCUAAACUGAAAUUCAUGAGCAUCAUUAGACAGAAUAUGAAGUCUAUUAAGAUGAAGGAAGAUGAACUGAAUAAAGUCAGAGACGAGCUUCAAAAGACUGACCAGGAAAUCAGUGAGCUAAUGGCAGAGAAGCAGAAAAAUGAAGCCAAGUUAGCUCAUGAAAAAUCUGAACUUGAACAGCUGAGGCAGGAUGUUGUGAACUCUGAGAAGCAAAAACUAUCGAUUUCAAAGUCACUAGAGAAGAAAGAGAAGUCGCUCGACAGCAUAUUGACUCAGAUAGAACAUAAUAGAGCUAAUAUUGCUAAUAAAGAAAAGGAAAUGGGAACUGAACUUGUUGAUCACUUGACACCAGAGGAGAAAGAGUCGCUCUCUCGGUUGAAUCCUAAAAUAACUAAUCUGAAGGAGCAGCUAAUUACCUGCAGGAGUAACCGUAUGGAGGCCGAAACAAGAAAAGCAGAGCUUGAGAUGAAUCUAUCUACAAACCUUGUGAGGCGGAAAGAAGAGUUGGAGGCAGUAAAGCAAUCUGCAGAGACUGACAUGUUACAAGGAGAAGCAGAGCUGAACAGACAGGAAUUAGCAGAUGGGAAUUUAUUAGUUGGUCAACUAACUCAACAGCUCAAGCGAGUAAUUGAGGAUAUAGAUCAGAGGAACAAGAAACUGGAAGACUUUAUAACUGAAAAGGAAAAUCUAAAGAGGUUACAAGAUGAGUACCAAUCUACUCUACAAGAUGAAGAGAAAGAACUAGAGCAACUACUGAGUAAGAAGAAUAUAUAUCUGUCCAAACAGGAAGAGUACUCGAAGAAAAUUCGGGAAUUGGGUCCACUAUCUUCCGAUGCUUUUGAGACGUACAAGCGAAGAAGCAUAAAAGAACUGUACAAACUGCUUCACAAAUGUAAUGAGCAACUGCAACAGUUCAGCCAUGUGAACAAAAAAGCUCUUGAUCAAUAUGUUAAUUUCACCGAGCAAAGAGAAGAGCUCCAGAGAAGACAGGCGGAGUUGGAUGCUGGUGAUGAUAAAAUCAAAGAACUUAUAUCAGUUUUGGAUAUGAGGAAGGAUGAAUCAAUCGAGCGUACGUUUAAAGGUGUGGCCAAACAUUUUCGAGAAGUAUUUUCUGAACUUGUGCAAGGAGGUCAUGGAUUUUUGGUCAUGAUGAAGAAGAAGGAUAACGACGACUUUGAUAAUGAUCAAGAUGAUGAUGAGCCUCGUCCAGCGGAAACAGAGGGGAGAGUUGAGAAAUACAUUGGCGUCAAAGUGAAGGUUUCUUUCACUGGGCAAGGAGAGACACAGUCAAUGAAACAAUUGUCUGGCGGUCAGAAAACUGUGGUGGCUUUGGCAUUAAUCUUCGCCAUACAAAGAUGUGAUCCUGCCCCGUUUUAUCUUUUUGACGAGAUAGAUGCAGCACUUGAUCCUCAGUACAGAACUGCCGUCGGACACAUGGUUCGUCGGCUAGCAGACAUGGCCAGCACUCAGUUUAUAACCACUACGUUUCGACCUGAGCUUGUGAAAGUAGCUGACAAGAUAUAUGGCGUGGAGCACAAAAACAGAGUGAGCCGUGUUAAUGUUGUGUCCAUUGAAGAAGCUUUGGAUUUCGUUGAGCGCGACCAGUCUCACAAUGAGUGAUAUUAUUGGAAUAUCCUUGUCGAUAACUGACGUACAAUGACCACGAUGAAAAGAACUCCGUAAAUUAACAAAUAUCUCUCCUAUUUUAGAUUAUUAUUACUAAUAGUAGGUAUUCGGGUAUGUUUAGAGAUUUGUUUUGCCCCUAGUAUUUGUAGAUAUUCAUGUCUGGUGUUUGAUGAAUUAGUUUAUCUACUAUGGUGUCUGGUUUUAGUGUUGGAAAUGAACUGCAAUUGUAAUUAUUUAAGUAGCAACUGACACAUGGUAUGUUUGAGUUAAGAUUGCUUUAUUUGUUAUCUCUUGGUCUAUUAUUCAAAGUAUUCA